AUGGAAUGUAAAAGGGACGACCGAAGUCCAAUUUCCACGGUGGGCAUCGAAUUUCCCUUUUUCAAGGGCUCCAAGAACGGGGGGCUCGUUGAAGCAACUGGGCAUUUGGAUCUGGGUCCGACUCAAGUCAGCGUGACGAUCACGCACUGUGGUGUCUGCGGCACUGAUGAACACUUUCGUCGUGUUGACCAGGGCCUGUCCCAUGAAGGCACUGGAACAAUCGUGGAGCUGGGCUCAUCUGUCCACGUCAUAUCCGAUUUCCAAGUCGGGGAUCGAGUUGGCAUGGGCUGGUUCCACAGGUUCUGCGGCUAUUGCAACUUUUGCGGACAAACUGGUCGCCAGACACUCUGUGUCAACCGCUCGUCUUACGGUAGUGCAGACCAAGACCAGGGAUGUUUUGGCUCCGCACUGGCUUGGGAUAUCUCGGCCCUUUACAAGAUCCCCGAAUCAAUCGCUUCGGAGGACGCCGGUCCUUUGGUGUGCGGAGGUGCCACUGUGUGGACGCCCCUGUACGACUCUGGAGUGAAACCUGGUGCUCGCGUUGGCGUUAUUGGCAUCGGCGGCCUAGGCCACAUGGCGAUCCAGUUUGCAUCCAAGAUGGGACUCGAGGUCGUGGUCUUUUCUAACACAGAGUCCAAGAAGCAGGAGGCACUGGGCUUUGGGGCGUCAGAGCUCCACGCUACCCAGAGUCGCGAAUCUCUCAAGGGUGUCAAACCCAUUGACAUUUUCAUGAUCACGACUAGCGUCAAUCCUAAGAUGUCCCUGUACUACCCCAUCCUGGUACACGCAGCCAAAGUCUACCCUCUUACCGUGAGCAUGGAGAACCGAGACGGAGUCUCGCCCAUGAACUUGAUCAACGACAGCUUUGUCAUUGUUGACUCAGGCGUCGCCGCAACUGCAAGCAUCAGAGUCAUGCUGGAAUUUGCUGCCAGACACAAGGUCCGUCCGCAAAUUGAAAAGUUCCCGAUGACUGUCACUGGCAUCAAUGAUGCUAUGCAGAAGCUGCGGGAUGGGAAGAUGAGAUAUCGUGGUGUUCUGGUGGCUCCUCAAUGA